UCCAGGUUUUAGUUUUGACUGUAUGUUGAAAUAUACCAAAGUCAAACUAGAAUUACUAUCAGAUUUUGACACCCACUUAUUUUUUGAAAAUUCAAUCCGCGGUGGCCUCACACAAGCAAAAAUGAGGUAUGCUAAAGCUAAUAAUGAAAAAACCCAAGAUUAUGACCCAACAAAGUCAAAAUCAUGGAUAGUUUACCAAGAUUGUAACAAUUUGUACGGAUGGACAAUGUCACAGCACAUGCCAUACGGUGACUUUAAAUGGGUGGAGCCUAAGUUAGACGGAUUAGAUGCUUUGACGCCGACGUCAGAUAUAGGCAGAGUGUAUGAGGUAGACAUAUCAUACCCUAAUGAACUCCAUGACUUACACAACGAUCUUCCAUUUUUACCUGAGAACAAAAUUCCUCCUGGUUCAAAAGUGAAAAAACUUAUGGCGACACUUCAUUCAAAAAAAAAUUACGUAAUCCAUUAUCGAAACCUGCAGCAAGCCAUAACAAAUGGUUUAAUUGUAGAAAAAGUACACAGAGUUUUAGAGUUCAAACAAUCGGAUUGGCUUGCAAAAUACAUUAAAUUAAAUACCGAAAUGAGGAAGAACGCGAAGAAUGAAUUCGAAAAAGAGUGGAAAUAUACAAACAGUAUAUCCGGCCCUGUGUCGCUAAAAAUAUUAAAGUCGCGUACCUUUCCAACUUUUAUAUUAUGA